CAGACAGGAGAAAAAGUUAGUGGUUUGGUUUUGGUUUUGGGGUGAGUUUUUUUUUGUGAAUUGGGUCAUUUUUGUCAGUAGAAAAGUGAACUAGACCUAAGGUUGAAAAGGAUUUCAGUAUUGUUUUAUUAUGAAAUCAUCUUUUCAAGUCCACAGUCGGUCUUCUGGGAGGAAAAAACUCCAUCUCAACAUGAUUAUGGUCUGCCACGCUAGACUCUUAGCUGCAUAUAGAAAUAGCUUCAGGCAGUAUUAACAGGGUCAAGAGCAGCAAUGUAACUGUUUCCCUGCAGUCUUAUCAUAAGUGAAACUUGUUAUCUGAAUGCCUUUAAUUUUUUGGGACUUGCAAUCCCACUUGAGCUUUGAAGACAAACAUGAAAUCAUGCCCUCCUAGCGCAAGUACGGCCCCUCUCUCCCUCUCUCCCCCUUGUAUCUGCUUGAUACUGAGUCUGAGUAGCCUACUGUCUGCAAUAGCAGAGAUUUUUUUAGUAGUAGAUAUUACUGUUUGUAGUUCAGAACCUGUGUGCAGAAGUCUAACGACUCCUGCCUUGGAGUUGUCUACGUUAAAAAACAAUCCUGACCUUCCUAGCUCACUGCUACCUGCGGAAUACAGGGAUCGUGGAGGACUCGAGCCAUCGCUGCAGUCACACGGUGGGUUAUUGCAGGCAAGAAGCAUGAUCAAGAUGAACUGCGUCAUAUUAACUGCCUGCAUUGUUCUGGUUGCUUUUUGUAGUUGCGGUUAUGCUCUAAGGUGCUACCACUGCGAGAACAGCCCUUCCUUGUGCAAGACCAAUAGUACUUGCUUAGCGUCUGAAGAUACUUGCUUGCAGAUGAAAUUUGGUAAAUUGAGAACUUUCGCCUGCUGGAAGGCAUCCCAGUGCAGUGUGAAUGAUAUUGCUGAAUUCUUCCAGUUGGAUAAUUUUGAAUUCUUUUGCUGCCAACAUGACUUGUGCAAUGAGAGCACAAUUACUAGGGUUAACAAAGCAGCCUUCAGUAUUGCCUCUGUAAUGACCAUGUUAUGGAUGCUUCUGUAAUAAUCCUGAUUUGUAUGCCGUAUUUUCAAGCUGAAGUUAUACAAAAUCAUUAAUGCUCUUCUGAAUUGUACUUCUCGCAUUUUCAGUUCCUAAUAGUGGGCAGAAACGUUACCUUUUAGUUUUAAAUUCUGUUUCCUGAGGUUCCAUCUGUUAAAUCACUGUCUCCAUUCACGGGAAGGAGAUGUAUAUUGUUAACAGUUAUAGGGAAUUUGUGUAUUUUGGCCUGCCUUCUUCAUGGGGAAAAUAACUUGUUAGGAAGUAGUGUCAUCUUGUGGAGAACCUGGGCAAAGUUCAGUGGGUGAUGUGAAAGGGAAGGAAUACUAUAGGUUUUAUGCUGGAAAGGUAUAAUUUCUUAAAAUUGUAAUUAUUUUUGUUGGGAUUUUGGGGGUGGGUUUUUU